GGUAUGGGACGUUAUACACCAUCACCAUCUGUCUUUAAUACAAGCAGCGAAAUAGACGAAUAUGUUUCCCAAACCAUUGUUGGAAACUAUUCCAAGACUGAAAAAUAUCUACUUGAACUUUUGAAACUACGAUCUGAGGAUUAUGAGACUUUCCGUGACCCUAAUCGUCCAAUUACUCAUUUUAUUUACCUAAUGUGCCAACGGAUAAGUGAUGUUUCUCAUCAAUUAUUGGUUUUGUUGCAUUGCUUUGAUUAUGCUUGGUUGAAUAAAAGCGAUUCCGCUGCAUAUGUAUUGAAACCAUGUUCUCAAUAUGAAGAUGAUGUUAGACAAAAUUUUGUUUUACCUGGACAUGUUCGUCUUAUUAAGGAGUUGAUUCAAAAUGUCGGUAAAAACCAACUGGCAGAAUUAAAAUCUUUUGACGCUGUCAAUUCAUUUAUUAUAGUUGAUGAUAAUGAUCAACCAUUUGGAGAGUUGAAUCACAGCAUGAUAGAAACUACUAAUGUUCCUGAAAGUGAUUCUGAAUUAUUAGACAAUGAAAGCAAUGAAAGUAACUCUGAUGAUUUGUUGACAAAUGAAUUAUUAGACAAUGAAAGCAAUGAAAGUAACUCUGAUGAUUUGUUGACAAAUGAAUUAUUAGACAAUGAAAGCAAUGAAA